AUGAAUGAAGUUCCUGACUUUAUAGCAUCAAUUUCUCAAGUAACAAAUUUUGACGAGGCUACUUACAAAUCCAAGUAUUGCAAUAAUUUCUGGGAGAACAUCUUAAAAUUUUUAAUAUCAAUAGGUAAUCGCUCUGAUAAUCAGUAUUUAUUUAUUGAAAUUCACGAUUUACAACUAAUCAUCCAUACAAUAUCAUUAUUUUUAUCUUAUAACCUACUUAAUUAUUCGCCAGAAACAGAUUUAGUUUAUGCCGACGAAUACUUCUCAAUUUCAUUUCACCAGAGUACAGAUGUCGAAAUAAAAAAGAUGAACACAUCGAUUUUCUUUGAAUUAAUCGAGAAAUUAGAAGAAACUAAAAUGUCGAUUUUUAACAAUUCGCUUUGCUAUUAUACUCUCCUCCAUUUUCUUAAUACAUACCAUUAUUUGUACACUAUCGACCUGGAAAAAUACACUUACAGAGAUAUUUUGCCUUUACAUAUCGAAGGAACCGAAAUUUUCAAAUACGAAACUCAAAUUGACCAAUUCGGGCUAAUGCUCGACUGGAUACCAGAACAUUUCGCAACAUUUUCUUCCCAAAAGUUUAAAUUUUUGCUUCAAUUUUUGAUAUUUCCAUUUUAUUUCACAAAUUUGAAUGAUUUAAAUACAUUUCAAAUACACACAAACCUUUCUGAUAAUCUUGGCGAUCAAAUACAUGAAAUGAUUAUUCAUUUUUUCAAAAAAUUAAUCGAUGAAAAAUUUAAUAAUGAUGACAUGCAAAUUAAUGCUGCUAUUAUACGAAUAUUGAGUAUAGCGUUAACAAUAAACACUCAGCAAACUGUUACAGAUACAUUUCAAAUACUAAAAAACAUUUCAUCGAAUCAAACAUUGAUUUCCAACAUUGAAAAGGCAAAUUUGAUUGGAGAUGUAACGAGUUUAGCUGUAGAAUUAAUGAAAAUGACAAAAUACCAAAAAAAGUCAUGUUAUUUUAAUGAUAUUUGUAUUUCCCUUAUUUCUAACAUCCAAAACGAACAAAACAUAAUUGGGAUCGUAACAAAAUCAACAGAACAUGCAAAAUCAACGAAAAUUUUGGUUUGUAAUUUGUUAUCUUCAAAAAUUUCAAAAAAUUCAUGGGAAAUUCUUCUUAAAAACGAGAAAUUCUUAAAGAUAUUGACUGAUUAUGUAUUAGAUAUUGAUGGAAAUUCACAUUUCAAUGAAAAAUACAUUAAAUUUGAAAAUUUUGAAUCAAAUAUUCAGUCAAUUAUUGAAAUUAUCGGCCAAAAUGACAAAAUAUCAGAUUCUAAUAAGCUAGUUAAGCAUUAUGACUUCUUUAGAGUCAAUAUUAAGUACAAAUACUUGACAAAAUUUGUAAUUAAAGCAUCUGACCAAUUAGCGAGUUCAAUUGCUUCAGAUCUUGAAAGUUAUCGUUCUAACAUCAUCGUAAAGCACAGAAAAUCUAUAAUGAUGCCAAUGUUAGAAAAUUUCCAAAAUUUCGAGUCCCAUUUCAAAGAUAUCAGUCAUUUAGAGACAUUUGUACUUAAUCCAGAAUAUGUAUCACCUCCAAACAUCUCUCCUCAGCUUAUUCAGCAAGCUUCUCAUUUAUUGACGACAAUUCACUUCAAAAUCAAUUUAUUUGCAACAGCGAUAUUCGAAAUAACCAAUAAAUCAGAUUUUGACUUCCUUUGCAGCUCAAGUAUCCCAAGUUUGUUCGGAUAUUUCACUUCCCCUGAACAUUUGCAGUUGGCGUUCAGUUUUUACGCGAACGUUCUCUCCAACGGACCAAAGAAGAUGAGACCUACACUUCUGAUCCCAUUCUUCAUGUCUCCUGUGAUUUUCCCAUUUAUUGAAUCAAUUUAUAAACCGUUUUUCGAGAAACUGCUCAGAGAUGACAGGUAUUCGAAGCAGAACCAGAGAAAUGAGUUGGUUGACUACUACGCCCUGUUUUUGCAAAAUUUAAUUGAAAAAUCUUCUUCUUCACUUCACCAGUGCCAUUCAGUACUUCUAAAGUUCAUAUAUAAUCAAUGGCCAUCGAACGCAACACUCCAAUUCAUUCUAAACAUGUUUUUGAAAACUCAUGCGAUGAAUUGGUUGAAAUCUGAAGGAUAUUCAUCCAGGAAACUGUUCGUUGAAGAAGUUUUUCAGAGAAUAAUCGAUUCAAAGGAGAUUUAUAUUUCAAUUUUGAACAAAAUUUGCAAUGCAACUUCUUUGUUCGAAAUUCCUGACAUGUAUACGAUUUUUGAUCAGCCAUAUAUGAUUUUCUAUUCAUCCUUCGCGGAUUUAAGCGCAAUUGCCAAGGUUGUCAAAACAAAAUUUGAAUAUUCAACUUUGUCUUGCUUUUUACAGCCUCCAGAAGGUCUGAACAUCAAUGCAAUGUUUUGGUUCAAGAUAUUCCCGAAGAGACUUCUUCCGAAACCAUUUAUUCAAAGACAAAUGGUUUUUAAUUUUGAACCAGAGAAAAUUGAACAACACUCAGACAACGAAAGGAUGUUCUUGCAGUUAGAGCAAACAGAAAACUCAAAGGAAAUGGAUACAAUUGAAUUUAUGAAAUCUGACCAAAUUAAGAAAUUUAUUUCUAAACUUGGCAAUGAUUUCGAAGAAUUUGCUGUAAAAUCAGCAAUAAACAAACUGAUUACACAAGGAAAUUCCUUCGAAACGUUCUUAAAUUACAAAUUGUACUUAAAUAUGAUUGAAAACUGGUCGAAGGUUGCCAACGAUUAUGAAACAAUAUUUACUGUUCCAUAUGCAGACAAAUACACCAAAAAACUGAUCGAAGACUUGAAAAAAGAAAAAUUAAUUCUUCAAAAAGCAUUUUCAGUCUUUGAUACAAGGCUCAGCCAACAAUCAGCAUUUUUUGCGAUUGUUGAGCACAAAAUGAUUGACAUUACUAAGAAUAAUCUCCCGACAAUUAAAAAAUUAUCGGAAUUGUUCAAACAAAGGCUCAACAACCCCGAAGAAGAUGAUCUAAAUCCAAUGCUCACAACCGUAGUAGGAAAUAAACUCUACGCAACGGCAGUUGACAAUUUACAUUUAAUUAAUGGGGAAAAACUACUCAAAACAUUCACUUUGAUCAUAAAAGUAUCAAAGAUACUAUCCAAAGCCAUGGAAAUCGAAAACACAAAAACAAAUUUGUUUAAUUGUGCAAUGCACAUGAAAAUAAUCCCGGAUCUUCCAUUUUAUUACAUAAUUUUGAAUGAAUUAGUAGUCAAAAAUCAAAGAUUUAUUCCAUUGAUAAAUGAAGAAGAACAAAGAUGCUGGAUCUUGUUUGAACAAGCAAUUUUGAAGCUUGUGAUCAAAGAUCAAAAGAUUGUUGAUAUUUUCUUCCCGUUCCAGGAAGUAAUUGGAGAAAAAUAA